CGCUGGAGUGCGGUUGCAGCUGCUCUCGGGAAUCGGAAUCAGAAUCGAAAUCGGAAUCGGAGUUUAAAAUCAAAUUGGAUAAGUUACAAAGUCGAGCCCCCAGAAGUGGCCAGGUUCGGAUUACGGGUCUCGACCUCGUCGGUAAUUUGGUGCGUUUGCGUGCCAGUCGGGCAUAUAGAAUAUAGAAUCGUGAAUCGCGAAUCGAGAAUUGAGAAUCUCGAAUCUUGAAUCCAGAAGCGCGAGUCCCAACCCUGUCCCUCCGCCCCUGUCGCCAAUAAAUUAUUAUAAUUAGCAUAGUUGAGGGGACACUGAGUCGCAGCCGCAGUUAAACGGCAGUGGAAUUUAGCGCUGCUAGUGGAAAUUUUGUGAAAACAAAAGGGGAAAUAUUCCAGGCAGCCGGCGCCAUGUCCGCUGGCAAUGCGAGCCAUGAUCUUGGACCGCCGCGCGAUCCGCUGGCGAUUGUGAUACCCGUAACGGUCGUCUACUCCCUCAUCUUCGUCACUGGCGUGGUGGGCAAUAUCAGCACUUGCAUUGUGAUCAAAAAGAACCGCUCAAUGCACACGGCCACGAACUACUACCUUUUUUCGCUGGCCAUUUCCGAUUUCCUACUGCUGCUGUCGGGAGUGCCGCAGGAAGUGGCCUUCAUCUGGUCCAAGUACCCCUAUAUUUUCGGGGAGUACGUUUGCGUACUGCGGGGUCUGCUGGCCGAGACAUCGGCCAAUGCCACGGUGCUCACGAUUACGGCAUUUACGGUGGAGCGUUACAUAGCCAUUUGCCAUCCGUUUUUGGGCCAGGCCAUGAGCAAACUCAGUCGUGCCAUCCGGAUUAUUGUGCUAAUUUGGAUUACGGCCGUGGUCACGGCCAUUCCGCAGGCAGCCCAGUUCGGAAUCGAGCUUAGUUUGGGAGUCGAGCAGUGCGGCAUUGUGCGCGUUAUAGUGGAGCACUCGUUCCAGCUGUCCACGUUCAUCUUCUUCCUGGCCCCGAUGUCCAUUAUCCUGGUGCUGUAUCUGCUGAUCGGUGUGCACUUGUAUCGAUCAACCUUGGUGGAGGGGCCUGCCUCGGCUGCCAGGAGACAGCAGCUGAAGAGCGUGCCCAGCGAGACGAUCCUGUACCGAUAUGCAGGGUCCAGUUCCGCCGUGAAUCUCAAUGGAGCAGCAGCGGGAGCAGGAGGAGGUGCGGGCGCACUGGGCGGCUCGGGUGUGCAACUAAGCUCGGUGAGAGGUCGUCUCAAUCACUAUGGCACCCGGCGAGUGCUCAGGAUGCUAGUGGCCGUGGUGGUGUGCUUCUUCUUGUGCUGGGCCCCCUUUCACGCCCAGCGACUGAUUGCCAUCUACGCCCCUGCACGGGGGGCCAAGCGGCGGGAUCAGCACGUUUUCGUCUACACGGUAAUGACCUACAUCUCCGGCGUCCUCUACUACCUGUCCACAUGCAUCAACCCUCUGCUGUACAACAUCAUGAGUCACAAGUUCCGAGAGGCCUUCAAGGCCGUUCUCUUUGGCAAAAAGGUGGCGAAGGGUUCGCUGAACAACAACAUCGAAUCGCGGCGAUUGAGACGGGCACUGACCAAUUCCAGCCAGACGCAGCGCGUAUCCAUUGAGUCGGCGGAGCAGGCGAAGCAGUCGGCAAUGCAGAACCCCCUGAACAAGCCGCCGGUCGCCUCGCAGUACGCCAUGAUCAAGGCCAUGAAUUCUGUAUAAGCCAGUUUUUUUGCCGCCGCCGGAGUAUCCACUGCUAAUGCUGCUGCUACCAAAGCGUUUAAUUUUAACUGCUUUUGCAUUCAUUUGCAUUUGGCAAUUAGAAGUUAAUCACAAGCGAGCUCUCUUCUAAACAUUACGUUUUUCAUUCAUGCAGCGUCGGAUAUCGAAGCUGAAUCGGGCAGGAAACGCCCGAACUAGUCUUUCAAGUAUUCAGAAUUAUUUAGUAUAAGAAUAGUCGGACUUUUAAACUCAUACUAUUCAUUAAGCUGAUGCUCUUUAAACUAAACUUUGGUCAGAGCUCAGGGGUACUUACUCUUAAAUAGCCUGAGAGGUUUAUAGCUUGAUUCUAAUAACUGCUGAUAUAAAUCACUCACCUAUGAUAUGAACACCCACCACUUAAAUAUAGGAAUGUUAUUAAAAAAGAAUUACAAAUAUAAAUAUAAACUCCAUGACUCAAUGGAUCCUGUUCCUACAUCCUCGAAACAUUUAAUUAGUCAAGAGGUCUUAAAGAAUUCAAGAAAAUAUUUUGUUUAAUAAACAAUUAUUUAAGCAAGUUAAAUACAAAAAAAAUUUUAAAUAACCAAAUGUUUUACAAACAUACCAAAGUGAAACACAGAUGUGCUUUUAGCGUUAUAAAUAAGAAUGCCUUAAUUUAAGCAGCAUCCAAAAAUGUUUAGAUACUUAUUUUAUAUUCCUUAACGUAAACCCUUUAAAAAUUAGUGUUUAUAAAUAACUCAAUUCAAAUGACGGACCAAGUUCGUUUAAUAACCAGAUAUUUAUAUGUACGUAAAUUGUGUAUAUAUCCUAGGUAUACCUUAAAGGAUGAUAAAAUUAUUCCCUUGGCUGCAAAUAAAGCUUAGCAUA